AUGGCGCAAGUGGAGACUUUUGAAGAGUCCGAGCUUCGAUCUCAGCUCCGAGCAUCCAGGACAGAAAUCGCCAUGGCCAUCCACGACCCUUUCCCACUGCUGUAUGGUUUGGUGGAUCAUGACAUCAUCUCAGACCGACUUCUCAGGGAAACUCUGGAGAGAAAGCAGAAGGAUGGGAUCCAUAAGGCGGUGUAUUCCCUCUUAACAUGGCUGCUGGAGCAGGACUCGUCCGUCCUUCAGGCCUUCUGGAGCAAUCUGUCCAAAGAGUACAAUCAGGAGAGUUACCCCAAACUGCAAAACCUCUUUGCUAAUUUACCAAAAGGUCUGAGGUUGGGAAGCAGGCCUGGUAGAAGUCCGAGACCUGAGUUACAGAAUCGGACUCAUCCCAGCAGGAAGAGGGGAAUUGGGGAGAAAGAACUGGCACUUCGACCUCAGAAUUAUGGCAAGAAAGCGUUACACAUCCGCUCAGGAGGCAAAGGAAAGCCCCUGAGGAAGCCAGACAGCGCGUCUCUCUCUCAGGUUUCAGUAAGCAGCGGUGUGCAGUCGGUGUCCACGUCAGUGCAGCACGCUGUCACUCUGUCUGCUGGAGAACUUCCUGUGGAGGAGAUUCUCAUCCAACAAGUCAUCGAGAGCGGAGGAGCCAAGAAGUGCAUCAAAGUCGGGGGAGAGUUUUAUUCCUCCUCUACACUAGAGGAGACAGCGAGCAGUCACAUGACCCAGACAGGACAAAGUCACAGUCACCAGCAGGGGGAGACACACACCCGAGUGAUGGACGUAGGUAGAGCAGGCUGGCACUGUAAUCCAUGACCCUCUGUUCAUAACGUGGAGUCUAAUGAUGAUGAGUGUGCAGUAUGUAAGGAUGGUGGUGAGCUGAUUUGCUGUGAUGGAUGUCCUCGAGCUUUUCACCUCACCUGCCUGGCGCCUCCACUUUCUUCCAUACCCAGCGGUUCAUGGCGCUGUAGGUUGUGUAAUGGUGGCAGAGUGACAGCUGAAAACACCUACACGUCUCUGCAGUCUUCUCCUCCUCCUCCUGCUCCUGUAACAGAGAGCAGCUCCAACUCCACGGUGGAUUUCCCCUUCUUCUCCUCCUCCUCACUUUCCACGCUCACAAGCAGCUCAAGCACACAGCCCGCAGCAUUCCAGAACCCGGACUCAGAGCUGGUGGGCAUCAGGAAGUGGUGUGGGAUUUGCCACCUGAGCCGAGGAGAGCUGGUCGUCUGCCCUGAGUGUCUGCAGAGCUUCCACACCCACUGCAAUUUCCCCAAUGGGAGAGCGAGAUGCAGGACAUGUUCGAGAUCUUGGGUGUCAACAGAGACGGAGGCAGCAUCCAGAGCUGUGCAGCGUUGUACGGAUCAGGGAUCAGCUCACUCUGAACAGCAGAUUCUUAACAAAGAUGAACUGGACUCCUAUGUGGGGGAGGCUUCCAUCGAUGGGAUCCUACAGUGGGCUUUUCACAACAUUUCUCGGCCCCUCUCCGAGUCUCAGGGCUACUUCCAGUGACUCCACAAUGCCCAUAAAACCUAAUGAUCUACAGCACAGGAAAUGCAAGACACGUACACACACAUGCUCAGUUCUGCAAUCCUGAGGCUUUUAUGUUAGAGGAUCAAGACACUGGUUUGAAGAUUCCUGCUGUAAAUAUUUUUGUGUGUACAUGGAAAUUUGGGUUUUUGUGAUGGCAGGUAAAUAAUAAUAAUCGCAUAUGGUGAUGUGUA